AUGCUUCCAUACGAACAUCCUUAUAAUCUAUGGCAAUGCUAUUGGGCCACUGCGGCUUUAGAGUUUGCAUUAUCAGGCCAAGAAGUCCUAUAUAGAGCAAUGCUAGCCCAUUCAGCUUUCAACAUUGCUCACUUGCGUAAAAACGACGUCAAUAUGUCCAGUAUGGCUUUAAGAUACUACAGCAAGGCACUGUUAUAUCUAAAAGAUAAUUUGGGGCGUAGCAACACCGACUCCUCGGCUAUGCUAGCUUCUAUCAUGAGCUUGAUGUUUGCUGAGGCUUAUCGCGGUCAUUCUCUAGAUUGGAAACACCACUUGCGAGGAGCAAGGACGCUUCUCCUGUCGUAUCGCGAGUUCGAUCCUUGUGACUUGUCAGAUUUGGCUCGUUCAUCGCUAGAGAGCCUGGGCGUGAUAGAUAUCAUCGCCGGAUCUUCUACAUGGUGCAAUCGCUCUAAUGUCGAGGCUGAUCGUCAGCAUUCAUCCGACGCUGGGAACCCGAGUCCUUUUACGAUGUUGUCCACAUCUGAUUUCAUCUUCACAAUCGGGGCGCCACGCUGCAUUUUGGAAUUAAUUGCCAAAAUCACGCAGUCGAACCAGUUGCAACCUGGUGGCAUAUCUCAGACGACAAACAAUGAGCUGCUUCACGAAGUCCUCUCACGUCUCAAUUCGAUCCAAAGGAGCAGUAGUUUCGUUCCCAACAACCCUCUAGAGGCCAAACAUCAAGACAAUGCUUUUAUAUCAGCGACUUAUAUCUAUUGCUACCGAACAUUGCUCGAUGCGCCCCCUCACGCCGUUCAACAACAUGUUCACGACACCUUGGGUCACGUGUCAUCUUUUCAUGCUAACAGUGCCGGGAACUUUUCUGCAUGGCCAGCUUUUAUUGCCGCAGCCGAGGCGUACGCAGAGGAAGAUAUGGCGACAGCGCAAGAAUGGCUUAAUUGGGCGACAUCAGUGGGCAUUGGCAGUCGAACUGCGAUAAGAGUUGUCCUCAAUGAAAUAUGGCGCACACGCGAGGGAAUCAGCCGACAAAGUGGUUUGGAUCCCGGAAAGAUUGCCUUGGAUUGGAAAAAGGUCAUGUAUGAGCUGGGAUGUGACAGUCUGCUUAUAUGA